GCGGGGGACAAAGUAACUACCCUCCAGUUCUGGCAACCCAUCACUGCGGAAAAUGGAAACUACAACUCGUGAAAUCUUGACAGCACUCGCCGCUCGCCCCAGCAGGCCGUUUCCCUAGGACGCGACCCAGAACACUCUGUCGAGGACUUGGCACCGCAAUGAUCGCAUCGAGCUUCCAGAGCAUCAAGAGCGCAGCCCAGUCCUUCUUCACCUCUUCCCCUUCUUCGCAGGAACCUAAGAGAGCUGAAGCACCUCCCCAGACGGAGGAUGCUCUCACACACCUCAACACUACCCACCGAUUGCGACCCGCGCCCGAAGACAUCUAGUACGCUCGACUCUCCGCAGAGACUGCUCUCAAACACAAGCUCACGCGCCAUUGUCAGUCCCCCGCGCGCCGCUACCAGUCGCGAACAAAAGCUCCAGGACGGACACUUGACCUACCACGAUACUAGGAAAUACUCGGAUGCUUCAUCCAUAAACAGACUCGGCGCAUCGCCGUUCGACACCAUGUCUAAGCCUCGUACAUCUGGAGCUUUCAGGCCGGUCAACACGAUGGAUCAGCCAAGCGCUUACUCCUCUCGCGCCGAUCACCACCGGUCGCAUCAACCCCACUACGGCAAGCAAGCACGCGGACCAUACAAGGGACUCCAGCUUAGAGGUACAACUGGCGAUAACGUUAGGCGUGAAAGCCACAGAGACUUGUUCGAGACGGCGGACGACCAAAGAACUCCCAAAAAAAAGAGAAAGCUUGAUCACCCGGUGCCUGCAGGUCAUUCUCGCUCUAGCCCAGUAGAGGUAGACCUCACCAAUGACGAUCACUCAACUACAAAAAGAGCUUCAAGUGUUGGCAGAGUGCCUCAUGCAAGCAAUCAUUUCUUUAAGCAAUUUUCGGAAGAAAGGCCUCGUCCGAGUUUCUUUGAGCUCAGUGAGUUCCAGUCCGUGGAAGAAAGAAUGAAACCAUCAAGGAUUACGAGCUCUCAAGAAUCCCAUCAAAAUGGCGUCACGAAAGAUCAUCCACGGUCGCAGAACCCUACGACUCAUUCCAAAAAUUUAAAGAGCUUCUCCACGCCUACUAGAGCGCAUGAUGAGUCAGCACCGCCACCUUCAAACACCCACAGAAGCGAUGUGUUUGAGCCACCCUAUCAGACUUUUGGUGCGGAUGAUGAAAAAAGUCGAUCCGCAACAAAGAGAAUCGGCGAAAUUUUGCAUCCUUUGACAGACUCUCAGCCUAUCUCAUUUGGAAAACGUAACGUUGACAUUGGCGCAUUCGAUCCUAAAGGGGUCAAACCGGGAAAAGCUCUGCGGAUGCCGAAAUCCACAGAAAUCAAAGAAAGCGACGAUGAGGUACAACUCACUUCGCCAUGGAAUCUUAAAGCUUCCGAAGGAAAGCGCAUCGAUACGCUGGCAAAAGGAUCUGCUGGAAUUGGCCCCGAAUCAUUUGCUCACAUACCAGAGCGAGCUCAAGGAUCAAACAAUGGCAAAUCCAGGUUGAACUUUAAAGGAAACAAGACAAGGGUGCAACCCCAGCCUCAGCAAACGGCCCGCUAUAUUUGGGAAUUAAAGCGAUUGGUGAUUCCUGGCGAUGUUCUCAAAGGCCCGGGCUUGAGUCUUAUAGCAGAUCUUAGGACAUCCACAUACGUCGCAUAUAACGAUGACGGGCCCAUACUGCAGGGUAGUGGCAAGCUGGAAAUCGACCCCAAAAAGAUCAACAGCUUGACAUACAGCAAUCCUUGCCCCACGAGGUUCCAGAUUCUAGGCUCAUCAACGGCCACGGAAGGCAAAUAUCAACGUAAUAUUGAAUUUGCUCACGAGAUUCAUGGCAAAAAGUUUCUCGAAGCUUUGGAAGAAGACACAAAACACACCCUGAAAUCCCACUCGAAGUCUCCGGAAGAAAUGGAAAGAAUCCUUGCGCGCGAUCUACCACUUUAUGUGCCAAAGCAGACAGCAGACUAUGGUGGUGAAGAGCUCGCUUUGCUUGAGGCGCGCCAGAGACGACGCCUAAGCCAGAUUCCUGAUCGCGGCCAUGAAUCACACGGGCACAAUCACAGAAACCAGCGCAAGCUGGUGUCGCAGCUUGGAAUCUCCGAUCCGUCCGUCCCUACAACGAGGACUUCAAGAAUAUCCAAUACUAACGAAAGUUCUAUGCCCAACGGUCCAGAGGCAUUCAACCCCCCCGCAAACAGAUCUACACGUUCUAGAAACCGACCAGACAACAUAGCGAUUGAGCAUGAUCAGCAUUCUCCAGAACCUGAGAGAUAUUCGGAGAAGUACGGGUUUGGAACUCCCUGGAGUCAUCCUGUAGUGUAUCCGCCAACUGGACGGCGCAGGGGAACCAUCCUUUUUGAAGACAUGCUCCGUCUCAACGACGGUGAGUUCCUGAACGACAGUAUUAUAGCGUUCUAUAUGACUUGGGCAGCAAUCCAAGCGGAGACUCAAGGUCUACCAAAAGAAAAGGUCUAUUACUUCAACACCUAUUUCUACACCGCUUUGACUCAAACCACGAAAAGGGGCAUCAACUACGCCGCUGUGCAGCGUUGGACGGCCAAGUUCGACCUUUUCAGUUAUGAUUAUGUGGUUAUCCCGGUCAAUGAGGAGAAUCACUGGUAUCUGGCAAUCGUCUGCAACAUGUCCAACAUCAACAAAACAUCACAGCAGCGAGUAGAGCAGGACCAGCCGGAACAGGAUGAUGCCGAAAGCUUGGCUGCACGGGUCAAGAAAGUUUUAAAAUCAGACGAUACAUCACCAGCUACGGAGCAAAACACGACAGAGGCCAUGGAUAUCGAUGCCCCAAGCCCGUCCAAUGCUGAUCAUGACAUACCAUCAGCGAAUCAUAGCGACAUCGACGGUCAAAAACAAAUGAUUUCCCUCGAGAAACAACCUAACGAUGUUAGAGGUCAUUCUGCACCCAUUAAUGUGGAGGAGCCCCAGGGCGAUGACUGCUCAGUCAACGUUGCCAUGGCUUCACAAUCGGCAAAGAGUAGCCCCACCAAUAAAAAAGGCCACAAAAGAAAAAGGACAAUGCCACCUGGACGGUUGUAUGCGCUGAACGAACCGGUCAUCGUUAUUCUCGACUCCCUUGGGUUUCCACAUGGAAAAACAGCGCGUCAUUUGAAGGAAUAUCUGGUUGAGGAAGGAAAGUCAAAACAUGGCCUUUCCUUUGGAGUUGAGGAUAUCAAGGCCAUGCAUUCAUCAAAGUUUAUACCGCAGCAAUCCAAUUACUGCGACUGUGGCGUCUUCCUACUUGGCUAUUUCAAGAAAUUCCUUGAGGACCCGGACAGUUUUAUCCGAAAAAUUCUGACAAAAGAAAUGUCUGUUGAAACAGACUGGCCAGACAUGGAUCCCAGCAAACUUAGGAUUGAUAUCAUCGAACUCCUCAAAGGCAUCGAAAAGGAGCAGACGCAUCAACGACGGGAGGAGAAAAAGCGACGCUUGGCAGUGAAGGAUGCAAAACAACCCAAAUCUUCCCCACAGGAACCCGAAGAGCCUCAGACGAACCCCAGACAGCCGACGCCUCCUUCAAGGAGAGUAAGCCCGGAGAUAUGGAUGAAGAGUCCAACAAAGCGGGGAUCCGCCGAGGCUUCUGAACGUAAGGAGGCAAGAUCCUCGAUUGAGAGUGACCGAAAAGGCAAACAGGUUGCUGAGGAUGCGGAGAUGCUAUUGGAAGCCCAAGAUGAGCCUCCAAUCGAAAUUCCAGACAGCCAACCCCAAGCAGAGCAGGAGGCCCGCGAAGCGCAAGACGCUUGGCGAGAGGAGGAACCGAGACAGCAAAAGCUGCGGGAGGCAUCACCAAAGAAGCACCACUAUGGAACCCACGAGGUCUUUGAGAUUGAAGAAUCUCAAGAGUGACGGACGACAGAUUUCAAGAACGUGCAAAGGCUAUCUCGGUUCACUGGCAGACAGGACAGUAUUUCGGAGAUGCCACGGCCAUGCAUGGGUUGCAAAGGGAAAAGGAUGGAUGCCGGGUAUCAUAAGUACAUUAUUGCUUUCUUUCCCUUCCCAUCAUUAUUUUAUCUGCUUCUGCUUCACUUGCUCCUUAUCGAUGCAUAGCCGCC